UGAGUGUAGCUUUUCCAGAGCAGCCAUAGCACUUAAAUGUCACUCAUAUAUAUGUCUGUGUAAGUGUAUUUAAUGACAAAAACCAGUUGUUUUGCUGUGCAGUUAUGGCUCAUGUGAAGACACUUGUUUUGUUGGAAACCAUCUGGCAAGAGCUGAUUUCUUCCUCCCUCCUCCCUUCCUCCUCUGCCUCCUCUUCAUGAUCACUCCCUCUGUCCUUCACCUCCCCCUCUCCUCUCUUUCCACUGCAUUCUGUCCCUCCCACUCCUGUGUUUUUUCUCCUGCCCUCCCUUCCUGCCUUGCGCCUCUCCCUCGCCCACCUCCUUCUGUCUCCCUCCUCCCCUUCCCUCUCCUCUCUCCUUCACACCCUCUCCUCCUUUCCUCUUCUCCCUGCCCCCACCUCUUCCUCCUCCUCCUCCACCUCCUGCUCUGCUCUCUCCUUCAUCACGUUGCACACACAUACUCCCCCGCCUCCUCUCCUCUCCUGCUUCUCUCCACCGCCCUUCAUAAUUACACACUCCCUCUUCACUUCCACUUCUCCUCUCUCUCUCUCUCUCUCUCUCUCUCUCUCUCUCUCUCUCUCUCCCUAAUUUUCACCACUUCAUCCCAUCCCAUCUCUCUCUCCUUCAACAUGUCCUCCCUCUUCUCCUCACCUCUCCCUCCAACUCCACUUCUUCCUUUCUUCUCUCAUUUCUGUCACAUGCUUUUCUCUUCUUCCCACUCGCUUGCUUGUCCUUCUACGCCUCCUCUCCUCACUCGUUCAUCAUUCUUACUCCUCCUCCACCUGCUUUCUUCCUUCUCUCCAUCUCCCCAACCUUUGUUCUACUCCUGUUCCCAUCUGCCUCUCCAACCUCCUCCUCAUCUCCCACCUCUCCACCCUCUUACCUCCUUCAUCUCUCACUUCUUGCCUUCUAAUCAUCUCCUCCCACUUAUCUGUCUCCCCCUCAUAUUUCAUCUGCUGUCUCCCUGUGCCCUCUGUCGUUCCACCUCCCUCCCACCCUUCCUUCAUCACCCUCUCCUCUCUACAGGAGGCAAGUCGAAAAAGGGCCCGGCAGCAGCCUAUGGCAAACGCUGGCCUGGAGGUGUGUGGGAGGAAGGAGGAGGAGGAGGUGGCAAUGGAGGUGUUGGGGGUGGAGGAAGUGGAGGAGCUCUGGGCAUGGGAGCAGGAGGAAGAGGGGGGAAGGAGGCCAGAGAUAUGUACCUCAUCCAGUUCCCCCGGGAUGAAGAAGAGGGAGGGAUGGAGAAGGAUGAGGAAGGGGAGGGCAGCCUCAGCGGUGAGGGGGAGGAGACGGCCAACAUCAAAGAGGAGUUUGCUCAAACAGAGGGCUAUCAGCCUUCCUCCCUGCAGCUAAUUAAGGAGGCUUUGAAGAUGGAGCCAUCCAACCAGAACCUCCACACUGGCGCCAGAGCGCAAAGUGAAGAAGACCUUUCAGAUCGUCCUCCAACCCUUCAUUCCGGACAAACGGAAGAAGAGGAGGACUGGGAGGUGGACUCUACAGAACCAUCAGAGGGGGGCAUGACUAUGGAUGAGCUGCGUGGUCUGGAGUCUGCACUGAGAGCUGAGAGAGGCCGUGAGCAAGCCACCAUGACAACUUCGCAGUGCCACUCAGAGGCAGUGCGAGGGAGCGAGAGAAGCCUGGCUCCAAAGUACAUUGGUCUUGAUGGAAUGGAGCAGGAAGGAGAGAUGGAGCCUCCACCACCCACCCUGCAGAGAGAGGACCAAGGCAAGGUGAUAGACGGGGUGAGGGUUGGGGGAGUGGAGCUGAGGUUAGGUUGGUCGAAGAAGCUGAUAGAGGGCAACUCGCCUGCAGUCGUGCCAAUAGAGGAUGCAGUGGACCAGACGGAGUCAGAGCAGCUGCCCCAGCUGUCAACUUCAGGGAGUGUUGGGGAGAGCGGAGGGGAAGAGGAAGGCGGUGGAGACCUGCUCCACUUCUGCCCUCAAUGUGGAGGUGGCUUUACAUCAGAAGCUGAGUUGGAGGACCACCCGUGCCCAUUAGGUGGUGCCCAUCCACAGAGCAGCGGAUCAGAGGACAGCCUUUUCCCUUGUCCUCACUGUGGCAACACUUUCAGCCACGCCUGGGCACUGAAAAACCACGAGUGUGCAUGCGCCGCUGAACGGCCUCACUGCUGCGAGAUCUGUGGGAAGCGCUUCACACACUCACGAUCGCUGGAACGCCAUCAUCUCGUGCACACGGGUGAGAGGCCGCACCGCUGCCCGCAGUGUGGGCGCAGCUUUAGUCGCUUAGGCAAUCUAGAACGGCACCAGCGGAUCCACACAGGGGAGCGUCCGUACGGGUGUGACGUGUGUGGGAAACGCUUCAGUCGAGUGGAAUACUUAAAGAGACACCAGCUCAUACACAACAGUGAAAAAGCAACACUCCAGUGCUCCAACUGUGGGAGGAGUUUCAGUGAUGUGGAGCAGCUAAAGAACCACCACUGCUUUUAGAGCCUCCUUUUAAAAAUAACUUAAUCUGAUAGGACUUGAAAAAGCUGAUUGAGACAGAAUUUAGAAGAUGAAUAAUGAAUGUGACUGAUAUACUGUUAUUUUUUAUUGAUUUAUCUUUAAGAUAAAGAAGCACAUGUGGAGAAAUUUUGCUGAAAGGAGUGAGCUGUAAAUGGUUCUGUAUAGGUGGAAAAGGUCUCAGCCAUUUCUUUGCGCAAAACCUGAACUUAUUUAUGAUUAUAUUGUUUAUCUUUUUAGCAAUAAUUAACUCAUGUCAAAGCUGAUUGCUUUGUUUUUUUUCUGAUGGCAUAUUUAACAGUUUUGUAUGUUUAGUUUGUUUUGUAUGUUUGUGUUUUGGACACAGUGUCAUCAAAAUAAACAAUCCAGUUCUUAUUUA